AGUUAAUGGAUUCAUGCCCAAAUUUACAAAGUGCACAUAUUUUCACGCCUACUAAUCGCUUUUUUGUUGAUGAAACAUUGAAACACAAAUGUCUGCAAGAUUUAGUUAUGUCUUAUGGUGGUCCUUCAUGUCUGGACUGGAAUGAUUUAACACGAUUGUUUAUGAAAUAUCCGAAUCUCAAACAUCUUUCGUUGAGGAACGUGCGCUACAUAAAAGAUGAACAUAUCGAGCAAUUGGUUCAAAUUUUACCGAAUUUAGUGUUAUUUGAUAUUUAUGAUUGUCCAGCAGUCACUCAAAGGGCUGCUGAUUAUGUUGAAGAUUAUUGUAAACGAUAUGGAAGAUUAAUCAAGUUUUACUUUGAAGGAAAUUACCAUGAAAUAGGAACUGAUUGGCCUCAGUUGUCCACUAAACGAGAAAAAAUUAGUCGAGGCUUUGAUUUCAUGAAAAAUUGUUUUCUCAAAGAUUUUCAUCACCUUCCAUGUUUCUUGAUUCCUGAAGAUUAUUGAAACUACAUAUUCAGAUAUUCAAACCAAGAUAUUUGUUGCUCUUUGGCUUCGGAAACCCAUUCCAAGAGUUUGUAUACAAUCUCUAUUUUUGAAUCACUUUUUUUCAUGAUUUGUUUUUUAGUGAAUAGCAUUUAUUGUCUAGUCUAGAGAGAUGCCGAGAUAAAUUGUUUAACAUAUUUCAGUUGAUCAUCAGAAUGUAUCAGUUAAUAUUGUUUCUACCUGUAAUUCAAAUAAAUGUCAGUAAUAGAUUAAGAUAAUUAGUUUAAUUCACCUUCUCUCCAGGUUCUGAAAAAUUAGAUAAUCCCAUAGAUGGCGAGUGUGAAGAUUGCCUAACAACUGCAGAGUGAUCGGAUACUACAAAGUUUCUGGUGUGAGGGCAAAGAGUUAUAGCUAUACUCUUUGAGUAAGGGGCUUUUUCCCCUUCUACGCGCAGAGACACUGUUUGGUUUUUGUUUUAUUCAGAGUUACUCUUUUAGGCAGAUAAGGCUUCGCCCCUUGCACCGAAAACGUUCCGAUCUCUCUAUACUUCUGUGUUAUAAAACAAAAUCACCAGAUUCAAGGAAACACUGUAGUUUCGCCUUAAGUACAUUUACAAUGUUGAUUAAUGAACUUCCAGAUGAUUGUUUACUCGCCAUUUUUGAUUAUUUGAAUAAUUUCAUUGAUUUAGCAAACUGCGAUAAAGUGUGUAUCAAAUGGAGCCAUUUAAUUGCUGAGCGAACGAGGAAAGUUAAAUAUUUGAUGGAACUUUACCCGGGUCAUGAUUGCCAUUACUAUCGAGCAUUAAAAAAUGUUGACGGAACUCAUUUAAGCACAGUAUUUCCAGAUUUAAUGAUUUCUUACAAACUCGAGGAGAAAGAAAAACGCAAAGAUAAUUUUGCAUUGGGCAGAAAUCGAGAAUCUUGGCAAGGAUCAUUCGACACAUUUUAUGGACCAAUAGAAAAAUAUCGUUUUCAACUCAAAAUGGUAUCCUUCAAUUUAUUUGAGCCAAGCAUUCAACAUGGUUCCAGGAUAAAACAAUUGUUCGAAGUGGUAAGGUUAGAUCUAUUCGAAAAAGACGCGCAUUGUUUCCCAAAUCUUGAAAGAUUAAAUAUGGAAAAUGUUGAAUCUCACUGCUACGAUGGUCCAGUAUUGGAAAAGCUUAAAAUAGCUGAAUUUCGCCUCAGGAGUAUAUUUCGAAACCCAGUUUGUUAUGAUUUCCAGUUCAUUGAUUCAUGUCCAAAUUUACAAAGUGCACAUAUUACCGUGGAAACUAAUCGCUUCUUUUUUGAUGGAACAUUAAAGCACGAAAGUUUGCAAGAUUUAGUUUUAACUACUCAACGUAUUAUGUCAAUCGAAUGGGAUGAUUUGAACAGAUUACUUAUGAAAUAUCCGAAUCUCAAACAUCUUGCGUUGUGGAGACAAUCUACCAUAACAGAUGAACAUAUCGAGGAAUUGGUUCACAUGUUACCCAAUUUAGUGCUACUUGAUGCUCGUGGAUGUCGUUGGGUCACUCAAAGAGCUGCUAAGUAUGUCCGAGAUUAUUGUAAACGAUAUGGACGAUCAAUCAAGUUUUACUUCAGAGGCAAUUACCAAGAAAUCGAGUCAGAUUGGCCUCAGUUGUCCUCUAAAAAAGAAAGAAUCAGUCGAGGUUUUGAUUUCAUGAAACAUUGUUUUCUUAAAAAAUUUCGAGACCUUCCAUGUUUCUUGAUUCCUAUUGAUGAUUGAAAACCACUUACUUUUAAUGUAUUUGUUAUUUUAACCCUCAAAAGCCCAUCUGAAGAUCUUGAGAUAAAUCUGCUUUCUCCAAUCACUUUAUUACAUGGCUUGUUUUUCUUGUGAAUAAUAUUUAUUGUCUAAAGAGUUUUCUUUGGGGCCAAAGAAUUUGAACUUUAGAUAAGGUUGCAGACCAGUAGAUAAACUUUAACUUCCAUAGAGGUUACAGAAUAUCGUGAAAGGUGAAUAAAUUGUCAAAUAGUUUUUGAAUCUUUUUGAAAAAAUUCUAGUUAUCCAAAUUUAUUCGACCAAUUUACUAUGAUUAUGCUCAAAAAAGCUAUGUACCGUCAGCAUAGAAGAGUAAUCUGUUCAUUUAUCAAUAUAAACUGUUUGAUUGCAUGUUCAUAGUAUUUUGGCGGAGUCUACUGGAACGAUUUAAAAGAUCGCUCAUGAAACGCUGCUUUCGCAAAGAUUUUUAUGACCUUCCAUAUUUCUUAAUUCCUAUUGAUUAUUGGAAAUCACAUGCUUAUUAAUAUAUUUGUUAUUUAACUCGA